AAAAACGGAAAAGAACAUCUCAAAGGGAAGAAAUGUGGGAAAACGGUGAAUUUGAGUUUCCUCUGCGUACUUUCGCUUUAAAUCUGAUGGCGUAAUGAAGUGGUGGAAAGUGCCAAAGUGAUCCAGCCGGCCGGAAACAGCGCAAGUGUGCAGGAGCGCCUGGACUUCGGUCAGACGGGUUUUAUUUGGGCAGUUUACUCCGGCUGCAGCAGAUGUGGAGCUGCCUGGGAGGAAUGGCGUGGUUCUCCGUCGGAAAAAGUCUGCUGGGCUGCAGAGGGGCAGCGCAGAGAGCCGGGACUCUGACCAUGUCUGCCUGCUCGUCGGCAUCCUCUGGGAGGCAGCAUGUCAACGGAGUGGAUCUCUUCUACGAGCAGACCGGCAGAGGGAAGCACGCCGUGCUGCUGCUUCCUGGAGCUCUGGGGAGCACGAGGACAGACUUUGGCCCCCAGCUGAGGUCUCUGAACAAAGAGAGUUUCACUGUGGUGGGCUGGGACCCCCGCGGCUACGGGAGGUCCCGUCCCCCCCACCGAGACUUCCCCCCCGACUUCUUUGAGAGGGAUGCAAAGGACGCCGUCGACCUGAUGAAGGCGCUGGGCUUUCACAAGUUUUCUCUGCUGGGUUGGAGCGAUGGAGGAAUCACCGCCCUGAUUGCAGCGGCAAAGAACCCGGACCUGAUCCACAAAAUGGUCGUCUGGGGCUCCAAUGCUUUUGUUUCCCAGGAGGACCUCAGGCUUUACAACAUGGUCCGUGAUGUCUCCAAGUGGAGUGCGAGGAUGAGGCAGCCCAUGGAGGAGGUGUACGGAGCGCACCUCUUCGCUAAAACCUGGGAGGGCUGGGUGGAUGCAAUUGCACAGUUUGCCCAAAGACCAGAAGGAAGUAUCUGCAUGGAGCUUCUUCCCCUGAUCAGCUGCCCAACCCUCAUCAUCCAUGGGGAGAAGGACCCCAUGGUGCCCAGCUUCCACGCUCAGCAUCUCCUCAAACACAUCAAAGGAUCACGGUUACAUGUAAUGCCGGAGGGAAAACACAACCUCCACCUGAGAUACGCUGAUGAAUUCAACCGACUGGUGGAAGACUUUCUAGAAGAAUAAAUAAUCAGUGAAUGAUUUUGUACGCGAUUGAAUAACUCAGUGUUUUGUAGUUUUUCAAUUAAAUACUAAAAUCACGCAUAGAAGACUCACCUUAAAAGAAAAAGAUACUUUUGAAUGCUACCUUGGUCAUUUAGCUGUUCAGUAAGUUUCAGGCCUAAUUUUAUACACAAGGAUGAUAUUAUACCAUAUUUUGUGACAAUGAAUUAUUAUUCAUGCAAUAUUUUACUUUGAGAAAUAAACGUAAAAUCGAAAAAUGACAUUUAAA